AUGGCCGAGCUUGACGACCGCUUUUCCGACGAUUCGUCGUCGGAAAUGAGCCUGACGCCUAGCCAAUCGGCCAGUCAGUCGGUUAGCCAGUCUUCUGGCUCGUUUACGACUUACCACACGUCGGCGGCGACGCGGUUUCCACUCUGCGGCGAGCUCGAAGUUCAGUUACCUAAGAUUUGGAUACACGGGAAGCCAUAUAUCAAGACAGAGUGGUUACACAAGAAGCGAAAGAGGCGGUCAAAGGUGGAUGAGUAUGGCGAAAGAUACGUCAAGCUCGACAGGGAGAAUAGGAGCCUUGGAGAGUACUGGCUGUGCAACCUCUGUGUGCAACAGGGCAAGACCUCGCUGUAUGCCACCACCAACGGCGCUACAACGAAUGCCAAAUCUCACCUUCAGAAGGACCACCGUUUGCUGAUCGGCAUCGAGAGCUCUGACGGAGGCAAUGGGGCCGACGAUUUGGAGCCUAGUUCUCGCCGUCAGAAGACUCUGCAAGAGAGUUUAAGGAAGGCGCUCGUGGCCAAAACAACAGUGACAGUUGCGCCCACCCGUGACAAUAAGGAUCUUCUACAGGAGCUCCUGCCAUACAACGGCGAUACCGUCAGGGCGUGGAUGAAGGCUGAGUUUGAGACUGAGAAAGAGUACGCUCUCCUCGGUAUUACCGUCCACUUCGUCGACCACUCACUCACAGCAGCUUCAAUUUCGCCUCCUAGCGUUGAAAGGCAUUUUGGGAAGCCACGGGGGCGGUCCGGUCCUACGGGGCAUAAUUGAGGAUUUCGCUCUUUCCGAAGCUGUCGGUUACUUAACCGCCAAUACCGCCGAUUCGGGUGAUUCAGCAGUGAGAGAGCUAUUUCAGGCCCUUCUCCCUCAUGACGACUUUGUUCCUGACC